UCUCGCGAGACUUGGAGUGGCCUUCCUUUCGAGGGCGUCUCCGAGGCAGGGCGGAAGGUCCGGGGCGCGGGGCUAGGGGCGGGGCUGCGAGAUGGCGUCCGGAGCGGCUCGGUGGCUGGCGUCGGCAUCCAUCCGUUGCGGGGGCGUUUUCCGGCGCGGGCAGAACCUAAGAAAAGGUGGCGAUGCCCCCGCCGGCCUGGACGGCUCGGGUCGGAACCUGGUACCGUCGAGGUCAGUCAUCGUUACUCGCAGCGGCGCCAUUUUGCCCAAACCGGUGAAAAUGUCCUUUGGCCUGCUCCGUGUUUUCUCCAUCGUGAUCCCCUUUCUCUAUGUCGGGACACUCAUUAGUAAGAACUUUGCUGCUCUACUUGAGGAACACGACAUUUUUGUUCCAGAGGAUGAUGACGACGAUGAUUAACAGGGAAUGGAACCAGGCACUGGAAGAGACUCGAGACGCCCUAAGGUCCUGAAGGAACCUUGAUGCACACCCACAGCCUCUCCUUCCCCAUCGCAGAAAGGCUGGACACUCUCAGCUUUCAGAUCGCGUGACAGGCCUACAGCAUGGUCUGUGACCACCCCCCAGAUUCACAGGGCCCAUGGGGUUCCCUGAGCUGUGCUGUCUACUGAACACAUUCAAAUGAUCAAUAAAUGUAAUAAAUCCCCGCCCUGGGAGAUGAGAUGA